CCCCAAGCCGCAAGGGGCGCCAUUUAGUUUCGUUCUGAAGGGAAUGCAGUAUUCCUUCCUUUCUACGCUUACGCGGAAAUGAAGCCUUACUUCCGGUUCUGCGCGCGCAGGACCUGACUGGCGCCAGGUUGACGGUCACCAUGAAGUUAAACCCCUUCGUGACUUCGGACCGCAGCAAAAACCGCAAACGCUACUUUAAUGCCCCCUCGCACGUGCGCAGGAAGAUCAUGUCGUCCCCGCUCUCCAAGGAGCUGAGGCAGAAGUAUAACGUCCGCUCCAUGCCCAUCCGCAAGGAUGAUGAGGUCCAGGUGGUUCGAGGACACUACAAAGGUCAGCAAAUUGGCAAGGUAGUCCAGGUGUACAGAAAGAAGUAUGUCAUCUACAUCGAGCGGGUGCAGCGUGAAAAAGCUAACGGCACAACUGUCCACGUGGGCAUUCACCCGAGCAAGGUGGUUAUCACCAGGCUAAAGCUGGAUAAAGAUCGGAAAAAAAUUGUUGAACGCAAAGCCAAAUCUCGACAAGUUGGUAAAGAGAAAGGCAAAUAUAAGGAAGAACUUAUUGAGAAAAUGCAGGAAUGAAUAAAAAUUAUUGUGCAACUGUGGUUUAACUGUAGAUUUUUAGCAUGGUGUGUAUCUCUUUGAAACUUCGAAAUGUGUCUGGAACAUUCUGUUCUUGCUAUGUGGUUCUGUUAAUCUGCUUUUGCUGUUUUAGUAAUUUUAUGAAUAAAAAUUAUAAAUGUUUUCCUUAC